AUGGCAAAUUCUCCUGCUUUCGAUCAUUACAACCUACCUGAAGCUCAAAGUACUGAUGCUCCUCUUACAAACUUCAAAGCAGUUUGUAAGCACUGUAAAGUUAAAGUGUCUGGAUCUUAUAAGGCAACUUCAAACUUCAUUACUCAUCUAAAGAGGAAACAUCCCGAAAUACAUAAAAGUCUUAGUAAGUGUAGUCCAGCAACACAAGCUAAAGUUACCGAGUACACGACUGCACUAAGGAAAUGGCACCACAACGAUGACAGACAAAUCUCUCUCACACAAUCUAUUGUCUCAUUUAUUGCUAAAGAUUUACUACCUGUUUCCCUUGUGGAAAGUGUUGCAUUUAGGGAAGUAAUAGAAAAGGCCCAGCCAGCUUAUACAAUGCCUAGCAGAAAGCAUUUAUGCACAAAGCUUAUUCCUGACAGAUGUGCCAACAUUCAUCAAAAGAUGAAGCUCAAGUUUCAAGAAGCACCUGGAGUUUGUCUAACAAUAGAUCUGUGGUCCAGUAGAGAUAUGAGGUCUUUCAUUGCUGUUACUGCGCAUUUUAUUGAGAACUUCACUUUGAUGUCUGCGUUGCUAACAUGUCGAAGGGUUUAUGGAUCGCACACUGGAGAAACUAUUUAUCAGCAUUAUGACCAAAUCGUUACAGAAUAUGGUGUUCAUAAUAAAAUCACAGCAGUCAUUACUGACAGUGCUGCUAACAUGGUAAAAGCCUUCUCUUUACCUGGAUAUGCUACUGAAGAGGAUGAUGAGGACGUAGAAGAUGAGGAAGAAGUAGAGGAUGAAGAGGAAGGUGAUCUUGAACCUAUGACGUUGGAUUUGGCCGGAUUUGUUCAAGGUAGUAUCCUGUCUGCAGCUGAAGAAACACCUGUCCCUGACAGAAUACCUUGCUUCGCACACACUCUACAGUUAGCUGUAAAGGAUGGACUUAAGGAUGCUGGCCAGUUGAGGACAGUGAUUAGCAAAGUUUCAAAAUUAGUGUCUUUUGUCAGGAAAUCUCAUCUUGCUUCUGAACUCUUAGAGAAAUGCAAUAAACUACAACUUGCUAAUGCUACUAGGUGGAACAGUCAACUCAAAAUGAUCAGAAGUGUUGUACAAGUUCCAGAUGAUAUUAUGGAACAAAUAGAUUUCUUAGAUAAGCCAAAAGCACACGAAAUGAAAUUACUGCGAGAUUUGUGUGAGAUUUUGAGACCCUUUGAAGAAGCAACAAAUAUUGCUCAGGGACAAAAUAUUGUUACAGGUAGUGAGGUCAUCAUCUGUGUUCGAUCUCUUCGUGAACAGCUGGAAAAACUAGCAAUAAAAUAUAAUUGCCGACUUGUUACUUCUCUUCAGAAUGCAGUGGACGAAAGGCUUUCCAAGUUUGAAUUAAUGGAGAUAUUUAAAUUGGCAACAGUGUUAGAUCCAAGAUACAAACUUGAUUGGUGCACUGAUGAAGAAGUGGAGAGCACAAAGGUGUUACUGUUAAAGAAGGCAGAAGAAAUUUCUCCACCUGAGGCUGAGAUGCCAGCUGAUCUUCCUCCUCCUACAAAGAGGGCUAGACAAGGCUUAGGAUUUAUGAAAGACCGGUCUAGUGCUACUUACUGUAAUCAGGCAAACCAAGUUGGAGUAUCAUCUAAGAUCAAUGCAUAUUUGUCAAUUCCUUGCCUUGAUGCCGAUGAUGACGAUAUUGAUGUUCUUGGGUUUUGGAAAACAAAUAAGGACAAAUACCCAAUCCUCGCUAAACUAGCCACUGUUUAUUUAGCCAUACAUGCAUCAUCAGCACCUGUAGAAAGGAUUUUUAGUAUAGGAGGAAAAAUUUUUAGGCCAGAGCGGUGUCGUCUCAGUAAUAAUCUAUUUGAGUCAUUAAUGUUUAUACGUUGUAACCAUGAUUUAAAACUGUAA